UUAUAUUAUUUAUAUUAUAGCCCAAAAGUUACAAGACAUUUCAUCCAAACGUUCUGAGGUAAGGGCAAAAAGAGAUUUACUUAAGAUGAAAUAUGAUCAAACUAAAACACAACUUAGUGAUUGUAAUGAUAUGAGAGCAGUUUGUCAUUAUUUAAUGCCAAGUACUUGUAAAGAUUUAGAUCAUAAAAUAUUAAUAGAAAUGUCAGAUGUGGUAACAAGUCUUUGGACUGGAGCAAAUAAAAGACACGUAUGGGAUACAAUAUCAAGUAAUCUUAAUCAUAUUGAAGUAUCUACAUUAUGGCAUUAUUUAUAUCAGAAAUUAUCAGAAGAUGUGAAUGUAUUAAUUAAUUCAGAAACCAUGAAAUCAAUGGACACAGAUGAAAAAAAUAUAAAUAUUGCUAUUGUUAAAUUAUAUGGACAAUACAUUUCUAUGGUUUCUAAACGAUUAUUACAUAAUACAAGAGCAAAUCAUCACGAGCAAAAUGUUUUGGAAUAUAUUGAAAAAAUUGAAACAGCUUCAAAUAAUUCUACAGACAUAAGUGAUUGGUUAGCAUUAACAUUAGAAGUUCAUAAAUUAGAAAAUGAACAAAAAAAUUUACAAGAAGAAAUUGAAAAAAUUCAAGAUGAUAUAUAUGAAAACAACGUGUGUGCAUUUGAUCUAUCACAAUUAAGUGUAGAAAUUCAAAAUGUUGAUAGUGAAAUUGCAGAAUAUAUACAAAAUAUACGACAAUCCUUAAUUCUUUUAAAAUGUGCACCAAGAUUUCUUAUCCAAUCUAAAGAAAAAAUAAAUUUAGAGUUACAAAAAAUAAUAACAAUGCGGGCUGAUGGAUAUGAUUCUACAAUGUUAGAAAAUGAUUUAACUACUGAAUUAGAUAUAUUUUAUGAUAUUUUAGAUCUUAAUGCUUUAAAGAAAGUUAUGUUAAAAGGAGAAAUUGGAGUUUAUAGGUAUAUGAAAAGUUGCUUCAAUGAAGCCUGUGUUUCAAUUACUAAUUCUCAGUUUUCAAAUAUUAAGUCAUAUUUUCCAUUGAUUCAGAUACCGAUAUAUUCUUUAAUAGAAUGUUACAAGAAUUUAAUUUCCAUGUAUAAAAAAUUCGAAGUUUUAGAAACUGAACAAAAUUUAAAUUUACCCAUGUUAACAUAUAAAGAAAAUAACUAUAAUACAAUUGAACUUUUAAAUUUAUCAAAGGUUAUUAAUAUGAAAACAAGAACAGAAAUUGAUAAAUUUAAUAAUAUUUUAAAUGAUUGGGUAAAUCAACCUGUUCAAAAAGUAAUGGAAAUUAUUGACAAAACUGUAGAUAAUGCUACUUUUUCAGAAUGGAUUGAACGUUACGAUGUAUUAUUAUAUAUGUUACAAAAUUCUACAUAAUGUUAUGUGUAUAAAUAUAUUCUAUUUUUUUUGUAAAAAAUUUGUAUUACAUAAAAUUACAAUAUAUAAUAAUUUAUAUACACGAUAUUAUGUUUUAUUACAUAAUUGUAUUAUAUUGCAACAAUAAUAUUAUUUUAUUAUUAGCUAAUAUGUAAUUAUAUCUAAUUAGUAAAUUGAAUUUCACCAUAAAUACUAUGUAAUAUUAUAUAAAUAUAUAUAUUAUAUGAUACAUA